CUUUAAUUCCCGGUACAAUAUUUUACUGAUCUUAUUUUACUGAUGUAUUUUAGGUCAAGUGAGUUUUUAGUAAUGAUUCAAGGGUUGGUUGUCAUUACUGAGCUGAUAAGCUGCACAUGACAGCCAGUCUAUCGCUAUGCCACAAUAAGGUCAUGUCUCUGGAACUCAAAAAACGUCAAGGGUUCGCGUUUUUAACGUCUUUGUAAAAUAAAUAAAUACAGUUGAUUCAGUAAAAAGCAAUGCUUAGCUAGUAAGGUUACGUAUAAGGUGAGUGACGGUUUUAUAUCAGCAAACUAUAGCAAAACAUUAGCUUAAAAAAGCUAAAAUUGCUCGAAAUACAACAAAAUACAACCUAGCUGAUUGACCACGAUAGCUAUAUAGCACUUAACGAACUAAAAUGUUACAUUACACAAACCUCAAACAAGCUACAAGUUAAACAAAAAUAACUUGUUUGGCUUAAUAACUGAUUAAAAUAUGUAAAUAAAUUAGCCUAAGUAAUGUUUUUAUCCCUGAAAAUACAAAUGUAUCAUAUAAUAAUCAACUAAACAUAAAUGUAUAAUCUCUUUGACCAGCUACAAACCUGUACAAUUAAUGCGACCCACUCAGUCAUUUAAAGCCAGAAGUUAUAUACAUCGCCAUCUAGUGGCACUUAUCAAAACGGCUGCAUAUCAAGGUCCUGCAGUUGCUUAGAAACUGCACAACAAAAUCGCAGGGUCGUGUGUUUUUAUGUGUUGUUGUUUCUAGGAUUAAGCAAAAGUUUUUUAAUUAAAAAAACCCCCCGAUAACUCAAUAAAUCGAAAUGACAAUGUUGAUCCACCAUGGACGGAGGAGCGGGUCAAGUAAAAGUGCAGAAGAAACCAGCAAGUUAUUCCAGGCUCCUGACCUCCUACAGGUCAAGGUGUUACCAAGAGCUGAGUGGCUGAGGAUUCAGGAUGAACUGAACAAGGUUAAUAAAGACAAGGAGAGCAUCAGAGAGGCAGCCAAGCAGAGGGAGGCGCUGCACCGGCAGUCAAAAGAAGUGGUGAAGAAGUGGUCCAACACCAUCGCUGGUCAAAGGCAGAAGAAGCUGGAGGCCAAGAAUAUACGAGAACAGGUCGAGGAGGAGAGAAGAAAACAGACUGACAUAGAAGAGGCCAAAUAUCAAGAGGAAAAACGCAAGGAAGUCAUUGAAAAAGCCAAGAGUCAGCUGUAUUACCAAACGGACCGAGUCAGAGGGUUACAUAGUGCACUGCUGCUGACAGAGGUUCUAAAGGAGCGGGAGGCUCAGAUUGAACUGAAGGAAAGAAUAAAGAGCUCCUCCAAGAAUGUGGACAAAGAAUACAUCACUGUAGCAAAGGCCAGAGACGAUGAAGCUCUGAGGAAAGAUGAGGAGAAGAAACUGGAGAAAAAAAGUGAGAGGAAGGCUGUUGCUGAGGCCCAGAAAAAACAAAUCACACAAAUUGACUUGACCAGAGAGCAACAAAAGAUGGAGACCAGAAAUGAUGCUGAGAAAAUCCAACAUCUCCAAGCUCUGUAUCAGUGGGAGCAAAAGCUGGAGGAGGAAAAACUCACAGAACAGAAGAGGAACCUGAUGCAGGCUCACCUGGAACACAUCAGCAACAGAAACCUGAUCAAAUCAGAAAAGGCCAAAAAGCAGGAGGAGGAAGACGAAAAGAGGAAACUUUUUCUCUCCACGAAACAAAAAAUGAUGAAAAUGAGGAAAGACAAAGAGGCCGAGAUAAUUAGAGAGCUGCAGAGACACAGAGAGAGGAUCAUGGACAGACUAACAGCCUCACAGCAGGAGCAGACUGUCAGCGAGGAGCAGAGAAUCGCUAAAGCUGUCGCCGAACAGGAGGCGAAACGACAACGACAGUGGAGGGAGGAGGAGGAGCGGAGGGCGGGCAUGCUGAAGUCUAUCACUGCUCACAGGGAGAUGAUGAGACAAGAAAAAGAGCAAAGAGAUAAAGAAAUGCAACAAAACGCCAGAGAGAUGCUCCACGCCAUACAGGAGGCUGACAGAAUAUUUUCUGACAAACAAAAACUGAAAUCUCAGAAGAUCAGAGAGGAACACAGAAAACUACAAGAUUUCAAUGCUACACAAAUGGCUGCAAGGAUUGCCAGGCAACAGCAGCUGAAGAAGGAGGACCUUGGCUUCGAGGUGAAGAACCGAGACCUCGUGGCUGAAGAGGAAAAGCAUUUUCAACAAUAUUCGCGACAUGUUAUCAGUGCUGCGGCAGAGGUUCAGAGGAACAUCAUCCCUCUGUGUAAGGCCGCCAGGGAGGGGAUCGGAGGAGGACACGGUCCUGUCUUUGGUGGACUCAGACCCAGCUACCUCGUUCAAGACUGCAGUGGUGCUCAGAUGCCCACAUAUGUGUCCACUCACACCCAAAACAUCAAGACCCUCCAUGAUGUCAGCGAUAUCCAGGGCGCAAAGAAAAGACUAGGGUUUAUAUGGGCAUUAUGAUCCUAAAACCCAAAUUAUUUUUCUUUAUACAUAUUUUUUCUUA